UAGUGCCCUCGAUGGUUUGACACCUCUACAAAAGAAAAUAAGAGGAAAUUCCCGCAGAUUUUCACGGCAUGAGACCGCCGCAACCCAGCAGUAUCAUCAGCAAUCACAUUUUUCUGACCCACAACAACGACUACGGUCGCAGCAUAGAGAAGCUAUGCGAACGUGUCACGCUCCGUGACAAGCGAGUGCUGUUCAUCUCGAGCCGCAUUGACGAUCUGUCGAAUGUGGCCGGUGAAUGGAAUGGCCGCGAGGCCAUCGUCAAGGGUCGUAUUACGCCGUUCAGGCUGACUGACAUCGAGAGUACGCCGCAAAAACUGCUGGACAUACAUGAUGAAUACCAGCCAUCUCACGGCCUGCCCGAUCUCAUUGUGUUUGACUUGCAUUCCGUAAUUGCGGAGCUGCUGCAGCGACCCCUGCUGCAGCAGUGCUCCACCGACAAGCUGGUGCGCCACAUUGCCAAAUGUUCGGCGUCCUUUGCCAAUUAUCGUGAGCUGCUCUGCAGUGAGUGGCUCGGCGGCAAGUCGGUGGAUGAUAGUGGGCACAGUGGAGUGGACACUGUAGUGGUCAUGUCGCAGGAAUCGUAUCCCAUGACGCCGGCACAGUUUAAGCUGCUGAUGGGCCUCUAUUACUGUGGCAACGAAUGCUACACAAGCUUCUCCAAGCUCUCCACCCAGAUCUCGCUGUCGCAGGGACUAAACGUCUAACCGGAUAGAAUGUGCGCCGGAACGUGCCUUGGACGUGUCACCGUGUCGUCGUCCCCUUAACAACUAGUUCCUUCAACAAACACAUACUCGUACUCGUACUCGUGCAUAUCCCCCCGCUAUCCACAGCGACAGUUCUUGGAAGCAGCUGUUAGCAGAUAGAUUAUCCAUAUAUAUAUAUACAUUAUAAAUAGGUACUCGUAGACAUUUACCCCUCGAGCAAACAAACAAAACCUACAUGGCAUCCAUGCAAACUGUUUAUACACAAAACGAAAACCACAUGAAUCGAAUCAUCGAUUGGAGGAGGCCCAAGACUUGAAGACUUAAAUCUAAAAAAUUAAACAUUACCAAACGAAACACACACACACACACACACAAAAAACAAGUAUAAUGUAAUUGUAAUAUACAUACAAGCAUAUAUUUAACAACAUUAUACAUACAUGCAUAUAUACACAUGAAUUCCAAUGAAAAUUUACAAUGCUUUGCAGUCUUUGAAUCUGGUGGGCCUUUCGUGGGCCUUUCGGCUGGAUGAGCACACACCUCUUGCUGCAAUUUGCGGAUUGAUCGGAGCACUGCAAGCUGUCGAAGAUAAAGUAAACAAAGCACAGAGGCGUCAAACAGUCUCCAAACUCCAAGGCUUUCGUCUCUGGAAGCUGAUAGCUGGGAGUGGGGUGGCAGCCGUCGCGUUCGCCUCUCUUAGGGACGAGCUGUAUGCACAUUUCUUUGACCCACCAGACAAGAGGCUUGUGCGGGCGAGGAUCUGCAGCAGUGCUAACCCCAGAGCAGCCAACCCCACAGAUAUCCAAACUAUAUGACAUAAUGAUAUAUUACGAAUAUUACGAAUUUAUUUCCUAAUCGCGAUUAAAACUACAAAAAAAAAUGUGUGUAUAAAU